ACAAACACGCACACACACACACAAACACGCACACACACACACAAACACGCAUACACACAAACACACACACAAACACGCACACACACACGCACACACACAAACACAAACACAUACAUGUAGUGAGUUCCCGCCACCAGGAGGCGCCACCAGGACAGACUUUGACAACGAGUUCGUGCCCCAUCUGUCAUCAGUUCACUGCCCCCCCCAUGUAAUUUGACCCCUUGUUGCCAUGGUGACCUGGAGCGCAGGCAGCGGCGUGUCGUCUGUUUAAUGAUCCGUCGUUUCGAGGCUUCGCUCAUUAAAUCUCUCAGGUCGUUCAGAGGGGGGUGGUGGUGGGGGUCCUGCUGGGAAGAUGACGUCAGCCCCUCCCAGCUUCCGUCCCACCACCAUGCCGAGCCGACAGAAGCAGCUCAUCUUCUCCAUCUCCGGACUCCUCGGCCUCUCGUGCGCCCUCACGGCCGCGGUGGCCACCGGACUUCCGUUCUGGCUCGACGGGACCGUGCUGUGCCGGACCGGGGCCGAGCUGGUGAACGCCACCGGACCCGAGCUGGACAAGUUCCUGGGCGAGGUGAGCUACGGGCUGUUCCACGGACACCGGGUGAAGCAGUGCGGCCUCGGGGGCCGAGCGUCCCGGUUCUCAUUCUUCCCGGACCUGCUGAGCUCCGUCCCUGCCGGCCUCCAUGUCUCUGUCAUCUUCUUGUGUGGUGCUGUGAUCCUCUUCUCCUCCGUGGCCACCGGCUUCUUCUUCUUCAACGCCUUCGGACGACCCUACGAGACGCUGCAAGGCCCCAUGGGACUUUACCUGUGGACCUUCAUCUGCUGUGUGUGCAGCUCUCUGAUAAUGAUCCUGUUUGCGUCGGAGGUGAAGCUCCAUCAUCUCACGGACCGGAUCGCCAACUUCAACGAGGUCAACUUCGUGUUCCAGACGUACAGCGAGCGCUACGGCCGGUCCUUCUGGCUCUUCUUCCUCAUCUUCCUCCUCCACGGACUCAACAUCCUGCUGAUCCGACUGGCAGGAAUCCAGUUUCCCUUCCAGGAAACCAAAGAGUCGGAGCUGAGCGGCGGCGCGGCCGACCUCAUGUACUGAGGAAAGCUCAGUGUGAAGAGAGACGACAACCAGAAAGUGGACACCGACACGCAGUGUCUCAACAGGACGUGUUGACAGAGCAGACCGACUCAAACAAUUCGGUCUGAGGACCCGGAUCCUCCAAUGAAGGACGGGGCCCCGGGGUCCUGCAGGGGGGUUCCGGUGUCCUGUUGUUUCCAUCAUGUGUUUAAUUGUAGUGGACGGACAAUUAAAGGACAGUGUUUCACUGUGACGCAGAGACUCAGCAGGACGUCGUCAAGGUGCACUGUAAAAAAUACAGGUCUUUUAUUCACAUUCAUUCACAUCAUCCCCCCCAGCCCCCUCACCCCCGUUUGAGUUUACAUCUACAUUAAUUAAUUAAACUGAAAGUGAAUUAAACUGAAAA